AUGUGUGUGAGGAGCAGGCAGACCGGCAAAUCCCGCGCUAAGGCCCUGUCCCGCUCUGUUAGAGCGGGCUUGCAGUUUCCUGUGGGCCGCCUCUACCGGCUGCUCCGCCAAGGCAACUAUGUCAACCGCAUAGGAGCCGGAGCCCCAGUGUAUCUGGCUGCGGUACUGGAGUAUCUGACAGCUGAGAUUUUGGAGCUGGCUGGCAAUGCAGCCCGGGACAACAAGAAGACGCGCAUUACUCCACGUCAUUUGCUAUUGGCUAUCCGUAAUGAUGAAGAGCUCAACAAGCUAUUGCGUGGUGUGACAAUCCCACAGGGUGGCGUCCUGCCUCACAUCCAUGCUGUGCUGUUGCCUAAGACCAGUGGUCAUAAGAUUCAGAGCAAAUAA